CAUUUUCUUUCAAUAUUUUUCUAAUUGCGUUUCCAAAACUAUGCUGUUAUUCACUGUUUUGUCUGCACUUUUAAUAGCCGCAUCUUUAAGUAAUAAUGAACAAAGAGAUGGGCAAGAAUAUCUUUUUAGACUGAGAGCUAUCGACUCUAAAGGUGAUGUUGACGCAUACCGUGACGGUGACAGUGAAAUCCAUGCUGGUGAUUUACAACGAGAUGAGCGUGUCCAGCGUUACUCAAAUGAAACGUUUAUUGGCGUUAAACACCGAAAAAAAAUGUCGCAUAGAUCCAAAAGGACGAGAGGGGCGGAUGACUAUGAAAAUACAAGCGUAACGAAGUAUCACAGAAGGAGGAGAAGACCAGGUUAUGAUGAUGAAGGUGAAGACGUAAAUAUCCCGAAUGAUUGUGAAAGAAGAAGACCUGCUAAAAACAGAAGGAGACCAAGUUAUAACAAAAGACGAAGGAAUGGCGCAUAUUAUGACGAAGAGUGUCUAAAAUGUGGAAUGAUGAUUGGAGGAAGUCGCCUGGAGUUUGGGCAAUUAGACGACCUCGUGAUCGACGGUACAGUUGUGCAACCUAUGUACAAAUAUCCUUGGAUAGUUGCCAUAAUUCGGCCUAUACAGGGUUACUUCUGUGGUGGCGCCAUCAUUUCAGCAACUUUUGUGUUGACAGCAUUUCAUUGUCUAACGCACUAUGAAAGAAAGCGGAAUCCUGAAUGUCAGAAGGAUGGGCCCUUACCAGAAGUUUGUUUCUUCAAACCAGAAGAAAUAACCGUAGGUCUGUUGCCCGAGAAACAACGGUGGAGGCACAGAGAAGUUAAAGUAGCAGAGGUUAUCCCUUACUCAUUGCCCGGGAAAGCGAAGUACCUCCAUGACAUUGGACUGAUCAGGCUUGCGGCUCCGUUAAAGUGCGAUAAGCUCGCAUCGCCCAUAUGCUUGCCAAAAACAGAUCUUAAUAAUAUGAAUGGUACUCUGAUAAUAGCUGGCUUUGGUAAAAGCUCUGUGGCAGGACCACCUGGUCCAAGGGGAGUGCUGAGAGAGGGCGUAGUGAAACAGAUUCCAAUUAAAGUUUGCAAAGAGAUGUAUAAGGCCAUCACCAACGAUCCUAAGGACAUCAUCUGCGCCAUUGGGACAGAGACCAACCAGUCGGCAUGCAAGGGUGAUUCAGGAACUUCUAUUUUUGGUCAAUUUAGCACUAAAGUUUACAGUCUUGGUGUCUCAUCUCGGCAUACGGAAGCUAAAUGCAAACCUGGCAUGCCUGUUGUCUAUGCGAAAGUCUUCCGUUAUUUGGACUGGAUCAAAAGCCAUGUGAAAGACCUUCCGCAGAUUGGAAAAGACUGAAGUGGUGAUGUAUUGCAUCUGCGUAUUAAGUGCUGUUAUGAACAAAAGAAUGUUUAAUCUGUAUCAAGAAAAGGCUUCAGUUUUUUGUAAGGGAUAUCGUCUGUAUAAUACUUAUAAAAAUGGGCUCAAAAUUACU